UUCUUGGGUGGUAAAAGUUGAGCCUUCAUAGGGUCGGCAUUACUCCACACUUUCCAAAAGUUUAGUUUGCUAAGGGAAGAGAAAAGAAGACAUGGAGAGCGUUGCAUCUGAAACUAUAGACAGUACUUCAAUUGUCAAUGAUACAAGCAGCUCCCAAGAAGAAGCAGAAAUUAGCGCGACUUAUUCUUGGAGCCACAGCCCUGAAAGAGAUCAUGCCGCCGCAACUAGGAUUCAAAAGCACUACAGAGGUUUUCGGACCAGACGAAACCUAGCAGACAGUAUAAUUGCGGCUGAGUUGCUAUGGCAAACGACCCUGUCUCAUACCCAAAAAAUGGGUCCAGUUCCAUCUGUAAACAUCGAGAGUGAAAAACAUAUCGGAUCACUCUUGAAAUGGGCAGAAACAAGAGUUGAGAAGUAUGGUAAUCUAUCCAGAGAUCAACUGGCCCUGCUACAUUGUUGGGAAACUAUUGAUCCACUACUUCGUUAUUCUCGGAAUUCACAUUUUUUUUAUCUGAUCUGGGGCGAUCAAAGUUUCCUGGGGAGUUGGAAGUUUGACUCGUAUAUGACAUCAUCAACUCAGCAUUGGAUAUCUAAGCAUCCGAAGGCUUGGAAGACCUGGAAAGGAGCCUUGCAACGUUGGCUGGAAGUUAUUGAUCCACGCCAUCGGGUUGGACGCAAUUUAAACUUUUACUUUCAGAUCUGGAUGACUGUCGGGAGUGGCCAACCUUUCUUCUACUGGUUGGACGUUGGCGAUGGAAAAACAGCAGAGCAUCUGGAAUGCUCAAGGGAAAAGCUGCGUCACGAACGCAAUACAUAUCUUGAACUAGUAAGCAAAUCGGAGGCAGUUGAAUCCCUUAUGUCCCUCAUGCUCAGGAGUGAGAGCAACACCGAGAAAGAUAUAAAUAGCAAUCAACGAGAACAUGACCGGGCAGAUGGAUUCAAUCAACAGGCAAGCAAAUCGGAGGCAGUUGAAUCCCCUGCGUCCUUGAUACUCAGGAGUGAGAGCGACACUGAGAAAGAUAUAAAUAACAAUCAACGAGAACAUGACCGGGCAGAUGGAUUCGAUCAACAGGCAAGCAAUUCAUCCCCUGCGUCCUCGAUGCACAGGAUAUCCUUCGUAGCAAUUGCAGUUGAAGACGAUAUAAAUAACAAUCAACGACCACACAACGGACCGGCAGAUGGAUUCAAUCUAAAGGAUCUAUUGAGAAGAAUCUUCUAUGCUAUGAACCUUCUGUUUGAGAUUGCAACUGCGGUUCUUGAUUACUUGUCUUCUCAGCAGCGUCAACCCCGGUAUGCGCUAAUUAGUAUGAUACUGUCAAUCAUUGUCAUGGCCAUCUCCUUGAUUCAGCUUGCUUACACCGGUAGAAAGGAAGGGGUUAGUUGGCAGCGGAAGGGCUGGAUACCUUGGUUUUAUCAUCAAGCUCCAUCUAACAAGCUUUUUGGAAAUCCUGUUCACAUUGUUGAAUUGCUUUUCUCCGUCUCUCAAUGUGUUUCUGCAAUAAUUGCCUACCAUUAUUUGUCUCGACACCAAAACAAUCCUACCCAAUUUUCUGUUUACCCUAUACUCUUCGCUUUUUGUUUGUUUUGUCUCAGUUUUAGACGACGCGAGCCAUGAGUUUCAUCCUAGUUAAGGUUUCGGAGAAAAGCUGAUAAUGUGGACAUUUGCAUGCGCUGUGAUUUUCUUUCAUCUGUUUUCUAUUUCGUUCCAAGGCUUUUGCUUGGUGGUUCGUCCUGGAGUGAAAUAGAGAGGUUUAUGUAAAAUGACA